CUUGGGCAUUUUGAAUUUGUAAAUGUAGUUUUGUGACAUUUCUUCCAAAUGUGUACAGUAUUAUUGGUGUGGUAUUGAAAUUUCAUUCAAAUAUACUGAUGAGGCCACUUUAGAAAGAUGAAGUCAUUGCUCUGUAGGUCCUGGUGGCGAAGACUUGUUUCCAUGGAGACGUAGUGAGUCGGUAGCGCUUUACGGCCGUGAUCUGAAAACCAGCGUUAAAGAAGCCGUACUAAUGAGCCUCUGAUCGGUGUAGCGUGUUGGCGUUUUGCUAUCGCCGUGAGAGUUUAUCUGGCCUAGCUUCAAUGGCAACUCCAACAUGAUGACAUUUCAGGUUAAAACGGCAGCGGUUCCUACAGCCAAGGUCUUGAUAGCUGCAGAGGGAGGCUCGAGUUGCAGCCUGCGCGGCCCGGAUGUGCCUCAGUAUCCCGCCGCCUUCAGGGAGCUCCGGACGAUGGGCGCAUCUGGAGGACAUGCAGCUGUCAGACACAACAUUCAGCUCAAGAGGUUUCCCGUCAUACAGCCUUUGAGCAAACCGAGAGAUCAAAAGUCCUUGUUCACUACAUUCAUUGUUGGAGGAUCUCCUCGAUUAGCCAAAGAUGACCCACCACAGGCCAACAGCAGUGAACAUGAGAGGAACAUCUGUGGAAGGCACUUUUUGUUUGAUACCCACUGUGUAAGGCCAGAGAGAACCAGAUCCAUGAUUCCUCCUUUGCCAAAAGAUUAUCACGUGCAUCGACCAGCCAACCUGCAUCCCCUCAGCCUGCCCAGGGGACUAACCCACAGCCACAAGAGUGGACCUUUUGUCCUUGAUUGCAAUGAACAGUUUGAAUUGACCACAAGUCCAGCCAUUCUUGUUCCUUCCACAUUUGUCCUCAAUGGCAGAAACACCUUCCCCGUGGGAAACUGCAAACUCAGCAGGUCAAAGGCAAAUUACCCAACCUACCACUUGCAGACUGUUAAGGAGACCCAAAAGAUCCAGACGUACGCAGACCCCGUGAUUGGUGCUCCUCAGUCUUUCCUGCAUCGUAUAUCAGAGCUGUCGUCUCUUCAGUGUGAGACUGUGCGACAGGAGAGGCUGAAGAAGAUGAAGAAGCCUCGCAAACCGGCCUCCUGACAAUCACCACUGCACCCGAGGGUCAACACGUCCAGUUCUGUGCCAAGGCUGUCUGAACUCAAUAAAACACCCAGAGUACCCUGCUCCUUUCAGUGGCUCGCUCUGACAGCUAUUCUGUCAUCUAUGAUCUUAGUUUUCUGUGUAACAUGGCUAAUCUUCACAUUCUGGGACUCUUGACACCCUCUGGUGGCAGUUGGACUGUACAACACAACACCUUACUGCAUGACAGUACAUUUAUUUUUAGGAAGCUUAAAUGCUCUUAUGUGAUAUUGCCAUAUUUCUGACUGUUUUAUUAAAAUGUUACAGAUAUGCAGCACAUGUUUAGCUUUUGAAAUGUAUAAACAAAUUCAUUUAAAUUUGCUGCGUCAGAUCAUAAUACCAGUGUCUGGCAUGUUUAGCAUAGCCAUUAUCGUGCCUUGGUAAAGGUCUUCCUGAAAUAAAAAAAAAGUACAUUUAUUUUUUAUUAAACAGUAGUGCCUGUAAUUUGUGUUCCUUUUUCCUUGUUUCAGUGACUAUGACCUAGAAAGCAGAGCCCUCCAGCCUGGCUGUGGCUCCUCUUCUGGAGGUUUUACUGUCCUUUUUAUUUGGAGUGAAACAAAAUGGCUCAGAACAAACAGUACACAAUUGUGUCUUUAACAGGCGCCGCACAGAGGCUGCCCACAAGCGUAUAUCAUUUCACCAGAACUCAGGUGAACUCGUCUGGAUGACCUUAGACGACACUUUGGUGCUUCUAUC